GAUAAAGCAGAAAGAGAAUUAAAUAAAUCUGGAUAUGUUGGUGUCGGGAAAUAUAUCUGCUGGAAUCAAAAGAGAUUACAUCCUCUGACCGCCGCGGAUUUACCGUACUUCAUAUGGUAUUAAUCAGCUUUCGCUUCGUCCAUUUUAUGAGUUUUCAGGAAGGCAAGCUCGAGUCGUUCACGCCUGGAUCACGCCACAAGCAGCUAGACCCCAGCACCUGUUAAUUGUUAUAUUCUCAUUAGCUGUUUAUCAUCUUUUUUUCAGAGCUAAUGACACUUAGAUCGUCAAGCACGUUAAUAAAAAAAGAGUUUGUUUCGCCCAUCAAUCAGGUCGAAAGACAGCGACAUCGCUUUAUGUAUUUCUUUAGAAGUGUUACGUCUCGGACUAGCGAGGCUAAUUAACACUUUGUGCAAAGGCGGAAAUUCAGCCCCACGCGAACAGAAUCGAACAGCGACAUCAAUCCGUCGGAAUCGCCUAUUUCCAUGACACGACUAAUGAAACGUUUGAGAUCAAAUAACGGAGUCGGAACGGAGGCGGUGUAAACAAUUUUGAAGCAAGUUCGGACUCCGCAUUCCCCUUCUCUUCGAGUCUUCCUUGAUAACAGACCUGCACACGGCAGUCCGCGAUCACACAGCUCCGUCGAGAUUAAUGCGCAGGGUUCAAAAGGUGACAAAAUUAAAAUAAUUUAUGACUAAGACGGGGAAGAAAGGGGGAAGAAAAAAUCUGGGGGAAAAAAAACCGAAUAUGAAGUGCUUUUCUCCCCCCUUUCCUCAGAUACAUUGGCGAGCUCUCGGCGGCAGACACCACCUCCCUCGCUAAAAAAAAAUCGAGUCUACAAGUGACGGCUUAGAGUAUUUAGCAAAUGAAGAAAGUUGAAGUUGAUCUGUUGGACUGCGUGCAGGAGAUUGCCACCAGGAGCUGGCGCACUUGAGUCUAGCAGCAAUGAGCCUUGUUAGUGGAGAAAGAGGGGAAGAUCAGCGGGGCACACAGAGUGACAGGCUGGGGAGAGAGAGAGAGAGAAGCGCGUUCAUCAGGCAGGGCAGGAGCUUCGCCUGCUCCUUCACUGACAACACCCAGAGAGGAGGAGCGAUACACGCGCAGUAGGCGUCAGAAUCCUCAAUUUCCAACUUAGCAUCUUGGCAGGACAUUUUUCCUAAGCAAAGCCCCCCAAACUGAAGGCAAAAAAACUUCUUCUGCAUGAUAGAAAGAAAGAGAGAGAGAGAGGACGGAGAAAGACAGCGCAAAAAAAAAAACAAGCCGCGAGCAAGUAAACACCUAAGUCGCAGAUCUGCUUCUGCUGACAGAUACCCCCCAAAUCAAUUUGAAAGAAAAUACAAUAAGCACGUACCGAACAGGGGGUCUGCCGCCGCGAGUCUCUAUGAUUUCUGAUCAGAAAGAGCGUGAUUGAGUCAAAGAAAAAAGUACGCAAAUAAGUGGCUUGUUUUCUGGUGGUUAGCCAUGGCGUAUCCACAAGGCUACUUGUAUCAGCCGUCCGCCUCUUUGGCACUGUAUUCGUGCCCGGCGUACAGCACAAGUGUGAUUUCGGGACCCAGGACUGAAGAACUUGGGAGAUCUUCUUCGGGCUCCGCUUUUGCUCCGUAUGCAGGAUCUACAGCGUUUACCAGCCCCUCGCCGGGCUACAACUCUCAUCUGCAGUACAGUGCGGACCCAGCGGCGGCGGCUACAUUCACUUCGUACGUGGGAUCUCCGUAUGAUCACACCCCAGGGAUGGCCGGCUCUAUAGGGUACCACCCGUACGCGGCUCCGCUAGGUUCAUACCCUUAUGGAGACCCAGCAUAUCGGAAAAAUGCCACCAGGGAUGCUACAGCCACACUGAAGGCCUGGCUCAACGAGCACAGGAAAAACCCGUACCCCACCAAGGGGGAGAAAAUCAUGCUGGCCAUCAUCACCAAAAUGACCCUCACGCAAGUGUCCACCUGGUUCGCCAACGCCAGGAGACGGCUAAAGAAGGAGAACAAGAUGACCUGGACCCCACGGAACCGGAGCGAGGACGAGGAAGAAGAAGAGAAUAUCGAUCUUGAGAAAAAUGAUGACGAGGAGCCGCACAAACCCACGGAGAAGGGAGACUCGACAGACACCGAAUCAGGUGAACACAAACCUAACCCCGGGGAAAUUACUUGCGACAGAUUUAAAGACGAGGGUCCUGGAAAAGAAAUAGAUCCCAUUUUGACUGACUCGGAAUUAAAAGAUCAUGAAGACAGGACAGAAAUCCUCCCCGAGUCGCCCAGACCCACCACCUCUACCCCUUCCGCCGUGCCUCGAGGAACCGAGAUUAUUGCCCACGACAAGCCGGCUGAAAUGGUGCACGCUUCCAGCACGGGGAACUCUGUCCACAGCAACAGCGUCGUCACGUCUGUGAUCCACUCGCCCCCCGUGGCGCCCAAACCCAAACUCUGGUCCCUCGCCGAGAUUGCCACUUCUUCGGACAGGUCUAAGGGAAGUACCGACGUCCCACAGCCAGCAGGACCGGCUCAGAGCUCAGUGAUCGCGGGCACCCCGACUUCUCCGUCUCGGUCUCCGUCUCAGUGCACUUUUCCGAACAGCACAGUAUUGUCUCGGCCCAUCUACUACGCGUCUCCCUUCUAUGCAGGUUACACGAACUAUGGUACUUUUGGGCAUCUCCACAGCAACCACGGCUCCACCACUGGGUCCACGGCACACUUCAAUGGAUUAAAUCAGACUGUUUUAAAUAGAGCAGAGGCUUUGGUUAAAGAGAGCAAAGUAAGAGUCCACACACAAGUAGAUCUUUGUAAAGACUCCCCUUAUGAACUAAAGAAAGGGCUUCUGGACUGUGUGAAACUCUGGAAGACAGUGACCAAUGUGCAAAAACAAGUCCACCCAACUCACUUCUCCUGUUACCAGAGGCUGUAAAGCAAUUCCAGGCUCCAGUGGAAAAUGGCCAUAGGGUUAUUUCACUCCUCCCUCUGCCUCAUGCAAUAAGCAUUCCUCGCUGUUGAUAAUGAUAUGUAAAUGCACGUUUUAGCUCAGUAUAAAUGUUUAAUACAGUCUCCUUCCAGGCUGCUGUGGGAGAUAUCAGAGCCAUCGUCUACAUACAACGUGUUACCGAUUGUUGCACCAUUUUGCUUUUGUAUCUACUUGUUUUUGUUUCUUGUGUAAAUUGCAUCGUAACUUUUGAACAUAUUUUAUUGCAUUUUAAAUAAGAUCAACAAAACUCAAGAUCUGUUGUUUUCUCCCUGCUCUUUGAAGAUGUUUUAAUAAUAAUAAUAUUGCCAUAGUUGGGGAAGUAGGCUGGGGAUAUACUUUUGUUUUAAUAUACAGCAUAUACAGUUAAUUAAACUUUGAGGGUGAUUUGAAACAGUAAGCCUUAUAGUUUGCAAAGCAGAAAGAACCUCUUUUAAACCAGAUGCACACAAAACUGCUUAACAGAAGUCUUUAUCAUCAUGCCAUUAGAUUGUUUUGAUCUAGAUUGAUUAACGUUUUUGCUUUUCUGAAAGCCCAGGAAAAAGCUAAUGAGUUAACUUUGUUUAUUUUUCUGUGACGUCUUGUAAAUCCCACUGUCUGUGUUUUCAACACCUGUUUCAGAUUAUUACUUAAAUGCUUUGCCCCACAACCGCUCUGCAGGGUGUUCAGAUCAGAGAUAAAAAGUUACUAUUAUUGCAAUUUAAUCUAUCAUAUUUUGUUCAGACACCUCUUUGCAAGGAGAUUGGCUUUUUAUUUGCUUAUAGCUAACCACAGAUUCUCUGUGCUCGUUCCUGAUGGAUGCAGAUGUAAAUGUGCACUUAUUUAAUUGGAUCAGCUCCCAAGAUAAAAGAGAUAAAUGCUUCCCAGUUUGCCAAGUUAUUUUCAGAGGCGUGCAAUGAUGUGUAGAGGGAAAGUUAAUGAAGAAGAGAGGAGACAUGCUGUAGUUAAAAAAAAGACUUUGGGUCUGGGCUUGUUCAGAGAGAAGGAAGGACAGGAGGAGAGUGAUAGAAAGAAGGAAAGGAAACUGGCAGGGAAAGCAGGAGCAGAGGUGAGUUCUAACCACGCCACAGUUAUUAGAAGCUAUUAAUUCUGGUUUGUUUUGAAAUGCGGCGGUUUGUAAGGACAUUCAGAGGAAACAGGUUUCAAUCUGUCAACAGGAGCACAGCUAGGGACCGACUCACUGGUCAGGACUUCAUUUUUGUGUCUACACCACAGUGGCGGUCUAGCGAACAUUUCUUUAAUUUGUUUCCUGCAUUAGGUUUAUCAAGACAUUCAGUGGAAGGGAAGCAAGGAGUGGGAGAAAAAAAACUUCAUUUUAUGAUUGUCUUUACUUGUGCAUUUUUGUGUUGGACAUCCAUAUGCAUGAGAUAUUAACAGACGGUUAUUGAUACAAACAUGCUUUUGUUGCUGAAGGCCUUCCAAAACCCAAGCCCCUGGCUGUGUGCCAAUGUGUACUUGUUGGCUGAAGCUUUCUGAUUAGUGAGAUGAUUUACAGCCAAACGGAAUAGAUAAUCCCAUCACAGCAGCGUUUUAAAGAGAUAAAGACAGCUCACUCCCCCCCUCCCAUCCCCCAACCACUGCUUUGCUAUAAACCACUGGACAAAUCAAAACCUACACUGUUAAUACCUGAAACAGUUGAACAAUCAAUUGGCCUCAGAUUAAAUGUAGUCUCCAUUUCCAGUUUUACAAGUAAUUUGUCAGCCACUGACAAUAGCACCAUCUGGAUAUAUGCACCCACUUUUUACCUGCCCUCCUGCUUCAGCCAGGAGAUAUUUCAGAAUGCCAGCACUCAUGAGCUAAAAUAUCUGUCCUGCUUCUUCCUCCUGCAGAUAGCCAGACAGCAGUACCCAGGAGGACCUUGCCACAAAGGGCAUCAUGUGAUCUAAUUCCAGUUUCAUACAGUUGUUCCCCUUUGUCACACGAUUGUGUCCUUGUUAAUUAAUAAAAAAAGGAAAGGGGGAAAAAAACUCUUUUCUACGAGUGGCUCUUGAUUUAAAAAGCCCCACUUCACAAUAAACGGACCAGGCUUUGAUCUGGGUCCAUUCAUGUGGGCCGUUUGGGUUGAAACCAGCGCUGAAACUAUGUGGACUUCAUUGUUCACACUUGCUGUGCACCCGGUUUAGAAAGACCUGAUUUAUUAGCUUGUCAAGGGAUGCAUUGUUCAAGAAGGCAAUCAAAAAGCACUUACCUAGCUAAACUAAAAUUACUGCCUUUUCAGUGGCUAAUUUGUAUAACUCCCAUGGAAGAGCUUGCAAAGUGUUUGAUGAGGCUUAAAAUGAUGAUUAAUGAAUUUAUUGCCCUGCUGCUCAUCAAACAGUUGUAGUAUAUCUUUCUUCUUUUGGGGUGUUAUGUCGUGUAGUUAUGUGCCUGUGUAAAGCAACUCCAGUGUGAUCCACCCCCUCACCCCCCACACCCUUUUAACCUGGCUGACCUGGUAAGUAUGUGAAUGUAAGUGAGGCAAUGAUAGCACAGUGGGUGCACAAAGGCCAGUUUAAUAAGAGGUUAAAUGAGAAAUGUGAGCAAAACCUGCUGAGGGGACAAGCCAUCUCAGUUUUCAGUCUCGGAGCUGCUUUUGACUAUCGAAGUGAGAGAAAUGAAGCAGUCACCAGGCAAAGUACUAAAUUAUA